AUGUUGAAAGUUUCUGGAGUUAGGAAGAAAGCUUCUCAAGUCUUCUCUUUUUCUGAUAGGUAGCUUCAUAGUCACUCAUUCACAGUGAAUAGAUAAUGUUGUGUAGGUAGCUUCAUAAUUAAUUCAUUUUCUGUUUUCAUUUUGUAACCGCUUUCAUGUCUCUGCAACUGCAACUUCACCUUCUCACACAACAAACACGAUUCGGUUUUCUUCACAACAACAACCAUUUCUCCCUAACCGCGUUCUUCCCUUUACCUUAUUCUUCUCACCAUGCCCAAACCUCACUCUCUUUUGCCUCACGACAAUCCCAUUUUCGGUUUCGGCCAUCAACAACCGUCUUCUCCGCUGUGACGGCUGAGCAGCCACCUGGGCCGCCGGUGAGGUUGGUGGCUGUCGUUGGCAAUGGAGCUGUCAGCCCCCUCAAUUCUGCAUCCUGGGAAGAAGUCAUGCUCCACUCUGCAAAAAGAUUGAAAUGGGUUGAUGAAGGGUAUGAACUUGUUGUAUUCACUGAUGAAUGUAUUCAAUCUAAUGGACAAAUGGCCACCAGACUCCAGAAGGAACUACAAGAAGCUGAUAUAUUGGUGAUUGUUGCUGUAACAAACAAAGACUCAGUCGAGUGGAUUAAAAUCAGAAGCAAAACUGUUAAAAAUGUGAUAUGCUUUGAGUCUUCACCAGAUUUGAAGAACAGAUUAGGAGGCUAUGAUGUUCAAAAUGAAGCAAGAGGAAGUAUAUUUGGAAACAUAUUGGGAAAUUCUCAAGUAGAUAAAACUAAAGAGUCAAAUGAAGUUGUGCAAACUGUAUCUGAAGCGUGGGAUCGUCAUAGUUCUGAUGAUAUAAGAUUCUGUUUGCUAUUAAUAAUCAAUGCUUAUAUAAGGCCAGUUCCAGUAUUGAAGAACUUGAGAGCAAAGGGAUUUUCAACACUAAACUGUAUGUUGAAGAACUGUGGCCGUCAAGUACUUAACUGCUUGUUGGAUCCCAAUUGUAGAAAAGCUCUUCAAUGCUUGAAUAAGUGCAGUCCUGUGGAUCAAGUGUGUAAUUAUCGAUGUAUCGCCUCCUACGAAAGUACAAAUCUAGAAGCCUUUUCACUUUGUGUAUUACAGAAAAACAAUUGUCUUGAGCUAGAAGCAGAAGUCCCUGACAAACCAUGUGUGCCUCCAAUGGUCGCGUUUCGGGGGCAGAACAUGAGUCAUGAAAUUGCAGAAGAUUUGUUUGUUGGUUGGUUGGGGAGUUUGCAAUGGAGCUGGCGCGUUGUCGCGGGGCAGAACCCAGCAUAUGAUCAAUUUCCAUGCCAGUACCAGCUAUUCUACAGGGGAAAGGCAAGGGGUUCAUUUUGGUAUGAACCAGUAUUCCAGGUGAAAACAUUAGAAGGCCAAAUGGUGUGGAGGAGGAGAAAAUAUAGGGUUAAGAGAGGUAAAACACCGGGUACAUUCUACUUCAGUGUGUUAGAUAAUGGGGUUGUUUCAAAUGAGUUUUGGACAAUUGUGGAAGUAGCUGAUGAUCUUAGUUGGGGUUUGUUUCACUAUCAUGGAGCUGCUAGAGUUGCAGGGCAAUCUUAUACUGGUGCUGUACUUGCUAGUCCAGAUGGAGCAUUUCCAAAUGAGAGACAGAGGACAAAAGUAGUUUCUGCACUGCAGAAAUGUGAGAUUAAAGAGUGGGAGCUGUACUAUGUUGAUAACUGUUCAUGCAUAGAUCCUCCUUUGGGAAUUCCUGAGGGUUCAAGUUUACAUGCUGUGGUUCAAAUUGAAGAUCCAAAUUGGAUGCAUGUUUGAUUGUGCCUUGGCGUGCGUUUGUAUUUCUGUCGGUGCACAUUCCAAGGCAGCUUGAAUGUGUUUUUAGUCAAUCCAUAUCUCAUAUCUCAUUAUUGAAGUGAAUUGUUUUUGGCCAACUUGAACUGAAUGUAUAUACAAACACACUUAUUAAUUAUAUGAUGGAUUGGGCAUGUCUCUAGGUUCAAUAGUGCACGUGCAAGGAAAUUCAUUCUUUUGUGCUUC